AUGGGAAACCUACCGAAAUUCAGAUUACAACAAGUAAAACCUUUUUUAGUCACAGGAGUUGAUUAUGCUGGUCCUAUAUCGUUAAGAACGUCAACAACCCGCCGAACUGUAUCAUGCCAGGCAUACAUCUAUCUGUUUGUUUGUAUGACCAAAAAGGCGCUACAUCUAGAACUCGCUUCAGACUUAUCCACAGAAAGGUUCCUUAUGGCUCUCUGUCGAUUCAUUUCACGCAGGGGCCCGAUUCAGGAAAUCCACAGCGACUGUGGCACCAACUUUGUGGGUGCCGCCAAUUUGUUCCGGACAGUCGACGAAUUUACGCAGUCUGCAGAGUACCAAGACAAAUGCCGUGAUUACCUCACUGCACGAAACAUCACUUGGCACUUCAACCCACCAUCUGCCUCCCACUUUGGAGGCCUGUGGGAGGCUGGAGUAAAAUCAGUCAAAACAUUACUCUAUCAAACGCUUGGUCUCCAACGACUCAAAUAUGAAGAAUUGACAACGUUGUUAACUCGGAAUGAAUCAACAUUGAAUUCCCGUCCGUUGGGCGCUCUGAGUCCCGAUCCAAAUAACUUUGAGGUUCUCACACCUAGUCAUUUCUUGACACUCAUGCCCAGCACAGCCACUGUUGACCAAGACCUUAGCUCAAUUCCAAUGUCCCGAUACCAGCGCUGGAGACUUAUCAAGGACCUACAUCACCAUUUCUGGAACCAUUGGCAGACGGACUUCUUACAGACCCUACAACGGCGAACCAAAUGGUCAACAAACCAAGAAAACCUCAAGGUGGACACAUUAGUCCUUAUCCGUGAACCCACCGCACCGCUGCAUUGGAAACUGGCCCGGGUAGUUCAAUUGCAUCCUGGGUUAGACGGAAUUGUUCGAGUAGCCACGGUGCAGACACAGAAUGGGCUUUUCAAACGUCCAACAGUUAAACUCUGUCCUUUGCCAAUAUAUUGA